AUGGAUAGCAUUCCACCUAAGCUGGGAUUGGAUAUUCCAACUAGAGGAUGCAUGCCACUCAUCAAUGACAAUCUACCAUUGACAUCUACAUUUCAAGCACAGCCCAAUACUAAUAUUCAAAAUGUAAACAUCAAAUCAACCACAAAGGGUCAUGUGAAAUCAACGGUAUCACGUUCCAUUUCGUCUGUGAGGAAAAAGGGUGUGAACCAAAGAAUACCUAUUCAUUACAUCUUUUCCAAACAUAAUACACAUUCAGGAAGUUAUUUUCGCACUCCCGGUGCGCCGGGUGUGGGUGCAGGGCAUAGGACAACUGAUCUACAUUUGGAGCCUGUCAGCCCUCCUAGAACCAGCCCAUGUGAGCAUGCAGCCCCGACAGUAGGCACCAGUGUAAUUACCUUUGGCUCACCUCUACUUUUACAUGGGUAUGCGGAUGGUAUCAAUGCCCCAACAUCCCAAACAACCACAAGGAACUUAGCAAAUGCUUUACAUGCUUUUAACUCUUUACAGACACAUUCUAGUACUGAGGCUCACGAAAACUGUCGGCAUUUGAGCAUUGAAGGCGUUCGAACGGGCGAGGAAAGUAUUAUUGAGAUCAGUGAACCCCAUCGGAGAAAGGAGAGUACUUUUCAAACUUCCAGUUCCUCAAACCAAGAAGAGCAGCGUCGUCGUUUCUGUAAAAUUAGGGAAGAAUGCAGAAACCUCACUGAUCAGCUCCAAAAGAAAAGUUUGAAAAUUCAAAGAAUGCGUGCCAUCUUUGCACUAUGUAUUGAGGCAAGCGAGCAGAGAUCUCAGAUUGAGUGGGAUUACUGGGUAGAACGGGAUAAGCACAGCCACAGUAUUUUGAAAAAAUUUCACAAAAUCAGUCAUGCUACUAUCAUGCAGUUAAAGACAGAUUACACAUCAGAGAUAAACCAACUCCAAAGAAAAGUGCAAUGUCUUAGACGAGAACUGGAAGACUAUAGGUUCAUAAAAAAUGAACUAAAAGUGAAGGAAGUGCAAAUCAAAAAUGAAGAUUCAACUGAGAACGAGAGAUUAAAAGGGGAAAUCGAACGAUUGAGGUCUAUGAUAGAGGAUGAACGCGCUAAAUUUGCACAAGAAAAGGAACAGCUUGGUGGUGAGGUGGCAGAGUCGCAGAAUUCGCAGCGACGGCUUGCUGAGAAGCUCCGUGAUGCAACAAAUGAACUUGCUGAAGAAAAUUUUCUAAUUAAACAAUGCCGAAUUUUUCUCAAACAAAUUUGCCAGCCGUCAUUUCACGUGGUGAAAGGGGCAUCCCUCGAACCAGUAGAGCCAAACAGGCCAGAACCGACCGGAUUUGUAUUGAUCCCAUUAGUGGUUCUUUUGCAUGGGUACAGUCUACUACCAAUAAAAGAGCGGGAAGAAGUUAUUCGACAGUAUGAGCACAAGGGUAAUGAACUAUCUGGUCUGUGA